AUGGGCCGGGCGCUGCGCGCGCUGCUGCUGCUCGGCCUCCUGCACUGGGCCGGCGGCGGCGAGGGCCGGAGGACCUGGCGACGCCGGGGCCAGCCGCCGCCCCCGCCGCGGGCCGAGGCGGCGCCCGGCGCAGGGCCGCCGGUGGAGAGCUUCCCGCUGGACUUCACGGCCGUGGAGGGCAACAUGGACAGCUUCCUGGCGCAGGUCAAGAGCCUGGCGCAGUCCCUGUACCCCUGCUCGGCGCAGCAGCUCAGCGAGGACCUGCGGCUGCACCUCCUGCUCAACACGUCGGUGACCUGCAACGACGGCAGCCCGGCCGGCUACUACCUGAAAGAGUCCAAGGGCAGCCGGCGGUGGCUCCUCUUUCUGGAAGGGGGCUGGUACUGCUUCAGCCGGGAGAACUGCGACUCCAGAUACAACUCCAUGCGGCGCCUCAUGAGCUCCAAAGACUGGCCGCGCACCCGCACAGGCACCGGGAUCCUGUCCUCCCAGCCCGAGGAGAACCCCCACUGGUGGAACGCCAACAUGGUCUUCAUCCCGUACUGCUCCAGCGACGUCUGGAGCGGGACGUCCUCUGGCUCCGAGAAGAACGAAUACGCCUUCAUGGGCGCCCUGAUCAUCCGGGAGGUGGUGCGAGAGCUUCUGGGCAAAGGGCUGAGCGCCGCCAAGGUGCUGCUGCUGGCCGGGAGCAGCGCUGGGGGCACUGGGGUGCUGUUGAACGUGGACCGGGUGGCUGAGCAGCUGGAGGAGCUGGGCUAUCCGGCCAUCCACGUGAGGGGCCUGGCUGACUCCGGCUGGUUUCUGGACAAUAAGCAAUACCGCCGGACAGACUGCCUGGACACCAUCACCUGUGCGCCCACAGAGGCCGUCCGCAGAGGCAUCAGGUACUGGAACGGCAUGGUCCCGGACCGCUGUCGGCGCCAGUUUAAGGAGGGCGAGGAGUGGAACUGCUUCUUUGGCUAUAAAGUCUACCCAACGCUGCGCUGCCCAGUGUUCGUGGUACAGUGGCUGUUCGACGAGGCCCAGCUGACUGUGGACAAUGUACACCUCACAGGCCAGCCCGUCCAGGAGGGCCAGUGGCUGUAUAUCCAGAACCUAGGCCGUGAGCUGCGCAGCACGCUCAAGGAUGUGCCGGCCAGCUUUGCCCCUGCCUGCCUCUCGCACGAGAUCAUCAUCCGGAGCCAUUGGACAGACAUCCAGGUGAAGGGCACCUCGCUGCCCCGGGCGCUGCACUGCUGGGACAGAAGCCUCCAUGACAGCCACAAGGCCAGCAAGGCCCCCCUGAAGGGCUGCCCCUUCCACCUGCUGGACAGCUGCCCCUGGCCCCACUGCAACCCCUCGUGCCCCACAAUCCGCGACCAGUUCACAGGUCAGGAGAUGAACGUGGCACAGUUCCUCAUGCACAUGGGCUUUGACGUACAGACCGUGGCCCAGCAGCAGGGACUGGAGCCCAGCAGGCUGCUAGGGAUGCUGAGCACUGGGAGCUAGGCCCCGGGCUGCCUCAGGUCCACCACCAGGCCCUCCUGCCUCUCCCAGAGCCCAUGGAGCCCUACCUGCUCCCCACCUGGGUGAGGACACCUGCGGAGCCGGCCCUGCGUUUGGAGGGCCUGGCCGGGGAGGAGGCCCGCCCCCUCUCAGCCCUCCCUGGAGCGGUCAGCAGCACCGGACAUCCCUGCCCUGCCUCAGCGCAUCACGUCCUUUGGCAUUAUUUUAUAAAGUGACUCUUUUUUAUUACUUUAAUUUUUUAAAAAAGGAAAAUAAGAAAUAUAUGAUGAAUGAUAUUGCUCUGUAACAUAUAUUUUUUAAAUAAUGAAAAAAAACGACAAAAGAAACUCUC